UAAGUUAAGUCAGUGGUUAAGGGAUCAGAACGCGUGGUAGCAGACGACAGCAGGGGGUGACAGACUCCGGAUACUCGACAACAACUCAAUGUGUGGGUGACCCUCCAGACGCUGUGGUACUGACUCUCACCUCUACUCUAACUAUCAGAUACCUGGGCAUGGCAUCAGUGUGGUAAAAAUAUGGCGACAGAUGAACAGACACUGGACAUGGUGCAGAUAACAAGUAAAGCUGUGGAUGGCAUAGGAGAUGGAAAUUUCUGUGACUUUGACAGGACAGACCCUCACUUGUUUGCAAACUUUGAUAAAAUAGAUAACAGACAUGUGGAAGAUGGUCACACUAAGUUAGAUCAGUGUGAGCUAAUUAAGGGAAUAGAAUUUGGAGGCAUGUUAAAGGGAGUGUGUGUUGAUGGCACUGAGUUGGCAGCAAAUGAUAUAGAAAAAUGUUUUGGAGAUUAUGAAAAAAGUGUGAAGAGCAGCUACAAACUCAGUGUACUUGAAGACACACAGGAGUACAGUGAAAUUAAGAUAGAACAAAUUAACUGCUAUCAGGAAUUUAAAGAAAAUGGUAAUGUGGAAUUUGACAGCUACACGACGGAUGUGGCCAAAGUCUGUAGUGAUAUCGACACAGAGUCUACCAAAAACUGCUGUGUGGGAGACAGUGCGGUGUGUGAUGACGAGUUGGACUCAGACGGUCGACCAACAGGUGAACGAUGGCCGCCACUCGGUGCUCCUAAUGAUGACGAAGAUAACCAGUCCCUCUACUCUUACACAGAGCUUAGUUGGCAGAGAGGACACUAUGGGAGACAGUAUAGUAGUGGGGGGGAGGAGGAGCGCCUGCAGCAGUUGGAAGAAGAACAAGAGCAGCUCAAUAAUUCUCUCAUGGCUCUUACUUCACAUUUUGCACAGGUUCAGUUCCGGCUGAAACAAAUUGUAGACGCAUCACCUGAGGAGAAAGAGAUUUUACUGAGACAGCUGGAGGAGUUUGCUAACAGAGGUAUCCCUGAUGUGCGGGACGUGGCCGUAGGAAGGAAGUCUACAGUCAGUGAACAUAGUGAGGGAGGAGUCGACACCUUCGGCAUUACUCGGCAGAAGGAAUUGAUAGAACAGCUGAAGCAACAGUUAGAAGACCUAGAGAACUAUGUGUACCAGACGGGAGAAGGAGGACCCCCACAAGCCAAGGUUAUGGAGAAACAGCGCAUCAUCAUAGAACAAUUAAAAGGGAAACUUAAUUUCAAUGUUGAUGAGUUUGAUAAGUUGACCGUGGAUGAUCUUCGGGUCAAAGUGGACCAUGCCAUCAGAGAGCUGGUGAACCCUCUCAAGAUGAAGGAGCAGUUGGUUGCUCAGCUCCAGACACAAAUUAUAGACCUGGAGAGGUUCAUUGAGUUCCUGCAAGACGAAGGAACAGUAGAGAAAGUCAAAGGUCCCAAGACCCCUUGUAACUGUGACGGAGACCCACCACGCCGUCCUGGUGAUGGUAAGUCGCAGGAGUCAGGCAGCAAGUGGGGCAAGACUGGCACUCAGAGAAACAAGAACAAAAGAACAGCUCCAGAUCAAGAGCAGCUACGGAAAGAGACUGAGAAUAUCAUGAAGCGAGCAGCAACGUUAAUGAGCAUGCUGUCAUUUGGGUGUGGGACCAGCAGGAACAGAUUCAGGAAGAAUACCCUCAAGAAAACACCGCAGGGAAACCAUUAUGGGGAUUUACGAGCAGCUCUAGAGUUGGCGAUCUCAAAUUUGCUGGAACUACUUGGACCUGAAACUCCUGUAGACAGCGACUACACCAGUGAUUCUGAGGAGAUGCCCAUCAUGGCAGGUAAUGAGGAGCUAACACAAGCCGUCCGCAAGCACCUCGCACCCUCACUUAGAGAUCUCAUACAACAUGGACUAAUGCCAGUUGGACAAAGCCAGAGUCUGGUGCCGUUCCUAUCAUGUUUCCCGCAACAGUCACAGAAGCCCACCAAGUUGAUGCACGCGUGGGACCUCAUUCUCAAAUAUUACCACCUCAAAAAGGGAGACCAGUAUAAUCGAACACCUGCCAGAAGACUCAGUCAGAGUUUCAACUUGGAGAUCACAGGUGGAUCAGCCAUGACCAACAAACAGACUCUUCUUGGGGUCAUCGGCAGCAUCAUUUCCUCCCACACCCCCCUCAAGCGAAGCUAUGACUCACAUUUUAAGGCCUUCAUCUGUGCUGCUAUUAACCAGAAGAAGUUGAUUAUUUGGCUCCGUCUCAUCUUCCGGACACAGGCACUGACAGAAAACUAUUACCAGUCUUGGAGUUACGUCAGCAAAACGGGUUUUGAAGAUGCCCUUCGUUCAUUAGAAAGGAUAAAUAAACACAACUUCAAUUUGCCAAUUGAUUUAGCAGUUCGGCCAUUUCAAAACAUCAAAGAUGCAUUCUGAACAGGUGAUAAAUAUUUGAAUUGUGAGGCUGAGUCUCACAAAAUCAUGAUUAAAGUUAUUGUCUUCCUCUGGUAAGGAUUUAAACAGUGUAUACUGUACUUCUGUACCUCCUUGUGUUCUGCUUCAUAGGCAAUUGAAGAUUUUGGUUUGAAUUUAGUCCAAAGUUUUUAUUUUUAUUACUCAUAGGUAGACAUUAUUAUGUUUCCACAGCUUUGGCUGGAGCACAAGGAAAAAUAAUUUGUGAAAAUAACUGGUAUGUAACCAUUAAUCACCAAAUCUACGUCCAGAAAUUUUUCUACAUUAAGCCACGGUGUCUUAUUUAGAAUCUUGUAACAUUUCACUCACAAUCAUCUCAUGCAAGGAAACAUUGUCAGAACAACCUUUCUAAAGUUUAAAAAUACUUCCCAAUAUUAGAUGAGUGUUACCAUCUAAGUUGCUGGCCAGUUCAAGUGGCUCCCUUGAUUUCAUCUCCCACCACUGUGGGGAGGCUCCUCCCUGGGGUAAUAGGUUACCCAUAGUGCUGGGUACAAGUCUCAUAGGUUGUGAAUCCAAAGAAAUACUCUUAUAUACCAUGGAAUUUUUCUCUUACAAAGUGAAGUUAUGGAUAUAAUAAAAUGGGGGCCCUAAUGAUGAGUCAUGAUAGAGUGAAGUACAGUAUUACAUGAAGGAAUGGGAGUAAGGAUCCCCUUUGUUGUAUACAGUACAGUAUAUUGUUCAUUUAUGUAAAGAUUGAUUUGAGACUUUAUGUGAAAGGUAAAUGAACCAAGCUUCAUGCAUUGAAAAAUUUAAUGAUCAUCAGGUUCUUGGCAAGAUUUUUUUUUAUAUAGAGGAAAGAUAGUCUGUAUUUCAUGGUGCAAGACUGAACUAAGUACUACAUGUAGUAUAGCUUCAUAUUCUAUAUAAAUAAGAAAUGUGAAUGGCAAUGAUGUUCCAGCCCAUCAGUUACGGCUGCAAAACAAAGUACUGGGGGAAAAAUAAUAGAACAUUCGUAAAAAGUACUAAAUAUAAACGUGAAAUAAUGACCUCGUAUAGGUCACAACAAAUAGUUUAUCUGAUAGUUUCAUACAGUAUGUAUCUGAGCCUGAGGCCAUUUGAGGGAUUAUAUAUUCAAUGUGUAUAAGGAAAGUAAUGUAUGAACAUUUUCUAGUCAAAAUUAAUACCGGUACUGUAUUGCCCUUUGUGUGCUUGGUAUUGAAUGUUCAUCUACCUUGACAGUGUAGCAAAAUGACUACACUGUAUACCUAUGAAUGAUUCUUAUAUAGUACAGUGUAUUGAGAUCAGCUGCUUCCAUGUUAUGCAUUGAUUCAGUCAUAAUGAAUACUAAAAAUUAAGAUAUUGCAUAUUGUAAUUUGUUAUGAGAUAAUCAGUAUUAAUAUGAGCGGAGUAACUUCUGAGGGAUAAUUUUGAAUCUGUAAAGGUGAUAAUGAAAAGCCCCUUGAGUUGUCUUUCACCACUUAAGUUGUUGUCAUACAGUAUAUGUAUCUGUUUAGUUGGCAAGAAUCAAAGCAAAGUUUUCCAGGUAAAUUCUUCUCCAUAGGCUAAGGUCCCUGUUCACUCACUCCAAAAAGUGCCUUUACCAUUUUGUGCUAGAUGAUUUGACACAAGAGACGAAGGAUUUUGACAACCCUACCGAGACCGCAGGAGUUGGUGUUCAUUCUGAAAUUCAUCGGACUCAUCCGUAAAGAUACUUUUGGAGCGAGUGUACUGUACAUCAAUGUAUCUGACUGUGGUAAACCUUUUAUGAGUGCUUCAGUUUUAGCAUCCAUGUUACUGUGACAAUGCCCAUCUCUAUGUACAGUACAGAAUGGUGAUUUGAAGUGUCAUUUAUACAGCUAUACAAUACAUUAACUUAUUCACAGGUAUAUACCAAGUUAAUAUGGUAAGGUAUUGCAGGUGAAAAGAGUAGAAGAAUGAAUGGGGGAAAAAGAAGAAUGUGAAUGGUGUUAAGAAAAUAGAUUGAACAAUUUAUUAUACACUAUCCGACUUCAUAGAAGGAAGUAGGUUUAUAAAUUAUGUGCAUUAUUUAUCAUACAUUUUUCAAUUGUUGUUUCUGUUUCAGUCAAUCAAUGAUUAGUUUUGUGAGCUGUUUGUAUUUAGUGGUUGACUUCUGGUAUGAAUUUUGUAAAAGUAGCACAAUUGUUUCCAUUCUGGUGGUGACCUGUGCUGUUUAAAAACCUUGAUGGGCUGUGGUGUAAAAAUUUUAUGUGGUCAGGGUUAGGUAUACAUACAGUAAAUCUUCUCGGUACUGGAUACUCCCAAUAAUGUAUGUCUUUGUAUACAGUAACACUAGUGGCUGAGACAGUAAAAUCCAUUAAUGUGCGCAGUUGUCCACAAUUGACUGCACGGUCAGUUGGUGCAUGUCGGGGCUUGCCAGACACAGUUUGGCUGAGCAUCCCAGCCGUCCAAACCUGUGGGAGGGCAGUAACUGCACAUGAUUGGUGGACUAAAAGAUGCUGUGCUGUGAUUGGUUGAGGGCUCCCACAGUCGCUUAUGCAUGGCUUUUCGGUCUUCUCCUUCAUCUCGUGCCGUUUUCUUGUGAAUUUCCGUGUGUGAAGCAUCAUUAUGGAGUGCUAUUAUUGUCUAAGGUUAAUAUACAGAAUAAGAGAUUCCAUCCCUCAGUAGAAAAGAGGCUUGAAAUUAAUUAAAAGAUUGAAAAAAAGAUACAGUACUUUUGUGUCUGAUACUAUGACAGUGACCAAUUUACUGUCUCCAUAUGCCUGGCACAAGAAGAGGGAGCACCACUUGUGCCAGGGCAGCAUAAACAAGGUACUGUAAGUUGAAUCUCUAUUAUACAGUAUUCAUUACAGUAUAAAGUGUGCAUUUUGAUGCCCGGUAGUGAUGUGAAACUUUUAUGGCAUUUUGUAUAUACACUACACAAGGAAAAAAGGAAACUGCCCCAUUAAGGGAAUCCCCUAUUAAUUGACUCGAAUUAGUCUGUUAUUGAGAGGAUUUACUGUUCAUGUUUUACAAAGUAUGAGCAAGAAUACUUGAGUAUUACUACCUGUUGUCUUAGUUCUUUUCUCUCACUUCCUGCACUUAUCAAACAUUAUUAUAUUCCUCCCUCCCUCCUUUCAUGUCUAUAUUGUUUCAUUUCAUAAAAAAAAUGGGAGAGGAGCAAAGAUAAUAGAUAAAAAUAGUGUUAUACUGUAUUGUGUCUGACUCGACUCGACUAUUAUCGGAAACUGUGAAAAACCGUAGACCUGUGAUUGACGAUACUGUAACUACUGUACAAAGGUGUAGAAUUAAUAAUUUAUUCAUUUACUUAAAGUGGUAGUUAUUUGCUGCAUCAGAACCAUAUAACCAAGACAUGUAGUAUUUAGUGACACACACACCACUUGUAUUCUAGUCAAGUAAGAACCGUGUCUGAGAGAAGUAAAAGUUUUAAAUAUUAACUUGUUUAUUAAUCUUUUUAUGUAAUAGCAGUUUCAAAUUACCAGCAGACUAAAAUAUUUUUCUUUAAUAUUGCAAUUGUAAUUUAUACAGUACUGUAUAUAGCCAGUGGAGUUUAUAAUUAUAAUUUCUGUUGCUUAUUGUCAAGUGUUAAGCAAAAGUUUGUGCGAGGCCUUAUAGGGAUAAAUUGAACACAAGUCAUUUCACGAACAACAGCUGCAGGAGUCAUGGGGUGUUUUGCCUGAGUAUUUAAGAUGGUCUGUCAUGCAGUUGGGAAAGACAUUUAGGCAUUUAAGUACUACAGCUAAGAACUUUAUCAUAAAAUCAGUAAAUAUUGUUUGUAAUUUUAUUAUAUUUCAAAGCUGCAUAUAUAUACUAUACUGGGAUUUAAUUUACCUGAUGUAAAGUACAGUACUGUGGUGGGUGUAUGGUGAUGCUGUAGAUGAAUUUUAAAUCAUCAGGUAUAAUCUUUCACGACCUUCAAGAAGUAAAAUUGAAAUAAUAUUACAUAUCAUUAUAUUGUUUAACUAAAGCACAUUGUAUUCAUAGAGCAGUUUAUGAUUCGUGACACCAUCAGUACCUAGAAGUCUUAAAUGAUGCCACUUUUCAGUAAUUUCUCUGUUCCCAGGGGCCAAUAUAACCCUAAACUCUUUUAUGCUUAUUAUUGUAAUGUCUCUUAUUUCUUUGUGAAUAUUUACAUUAUUUACAACACUUUUGACUAUUACAGAGAUAAAAUGCUGAUAUAUUAGCAUUUUUUUCUGGUUUUUGGAAUGAAAUUAGAGAAAUUGUACUGUGAACCAUCCUAAGCUUCCCAUUUUUGUGAAAUGAUUUCCAUCUAAUUGUUUGUAUGUAAAUGUUCAGACACUUACAAACACAUUAUCAUCACUAUAUUACAAGUCACUCUCACUCACCACCAUAAUGAACACCAUAUCACUUCAAUACUCACCACAACAAUCAUCAUCCCACACACCACCACCAUAGUACCCACGACACCAUCUCAAUAUUCACCUCAAAAUACAUAAGAAAAAUCAGUACUAAUACAACUUGUGGGAUAUCAGAGUGUUCCACCAAUGAGUGAAUGACAGAGCAGUAUUUCACUAGGAGGUACAUCCUCAGGUUCACUGCUUGAUGUUCCUCUGACUGUAAAGGUUAUAUGCCUCAAGUGUGUUGAAUGAAAAACAAAAAUUUGUCUAUCAUCUCCAGAGCUUGUGUUGAAUGGUGAUCCCCAUGUUAGAAGGGUUUGUUUCACCCAGCUCUGGAUACCAUUGUAAGUAAUGAUAAACCAACCUUGCCUGGUUGUUAGUGAUGAGACUUAUGUCAUGGUUUAAGAAUCAGAAAUGUUAACACUGUACAGUAUGUUCAGUUAAUUUACUUCUGAAUCGGGGAACUUGCUAUGCCCAUAAACAUAUGAAUAUGAAACAAACGAAUGGAACUGUGUACUGUACAUACUUUUCUGGGAUAUAACAGUAGAGCCAAAAAAUGUAACAAUAUCAAAAGUUAGUUACUGUAUAUUUUCCUGUAAGAAAUAUUUUCCCAAAAAGUUGAAGUGAACCCAUUAAGUAAAACUGAAAGUUCAGUGUCCUGAAGGUAAAUGUUAUCACACAACAUACCAUACAGUGUGUUGCCCUACCUUAAUAACAACACCUGUAGUAUUACCGUAUCAGUGUGAAAACAUUCAAAGGAAUUAGUUGCAUCAAACAUGAAAUUUAAUUCCUGCAAAUUGUCCACACUCUUAAACUUCACAAGUUCCAAGUUACCCUUAAGGUUUAAUAUUGUGCAGACUGUUAAUACAAUAAUUGUUUAAAAGUUUCUCCACUAGGAUAAAAUAGUAAGCAUGAAGAGUGAGGGUACUAGUGGCAUCUACAACAUGGUGAGCAUCCACAUAAUAUGGUAAAAUUGUUGUCGCUAAAGAGGUGAAUUUUGUAGUCCGUUAUUACCCGUUAAAUAUGAUAACUAAUCUAUAAUCUAAAUAUACUGACUUACAGGCAUAAAAGUAAUGAUUGAUUAAGGUGAUGUAUCAGAGGAGGGACUGUAAUUGAUUAAAAAAAAAUAAUGACAAUGUUGCGGUGUAUGAAUUAAGAUAAAUUUAAUGUUUUUGUGAAGCAGCUUGUAAUGUCUUAAUUAAUACAGAACAAAUUUGGUUAUUAUACACUUAAUCUGUUGUGUCAUGGUGAUGUAUCUCACGCACUGGAGGUUUAAAACAAAGGCAAAAAGAUAAGCACACUGAUCCCUAAAUGUUAAUAAGCAAAGCACUGUACGGUAAAGGAGCAGCUUCUCAUAUAUGAAUAAUGUAUAAGCUUGGUCUUCUUAUUUAAACUCCUUAGUCUAUUUCUCUGGAAACAGGAAGCAAUAGUUUGAUGUACAAUUGCAGCCAAAAUUUUAUUGACACUUGGCAGUAUCUGAUAUCUUGCAGGACACAUUUGAUUGAAUUUGGGCUGUUGAGUGUUGCUCUUCAUUUUAUAUUUAAAUUCCAUUAUCAGUGUUGUAUAAAAGAAAAUAUGAAUAAAUAGAUGUUAAAUGCCAGUUCACCUUACCAACACAACCUUCAAGUACUGUAGUUGCUAAACACCAGGUUUUAUUAAGUGUUAGAUAUUGUGUUUACAACUGUAUGUAGUUAGGUUAAAAAGGCUCUCAUUUCCUCUUGGUUUAUAUACAAGUAUGUACUGUAUAAAUUAUUAUUACUAUAGUUCAGCAUCAGGAAGGGAAACUUGUCUUUAUAAGCAAAUAUCACAAAAUUAAUUCAUUAUAUUUUGAAGGUCAUGAAUGGUUAAGUAGUAUUCAAUCUCUGCCAAGUUGCCAGAUGUUGCACACAUAUGUGGUGAUACAAAUCUUGUAAAUUUUUUAAAUUAACUGCAUUUUUUUUAUUAAACUCAGAGAAAAAUACGUCUAUUAUGUGAGUUGUAAAAAAAAAAGUGGGCAAAAUAAUGGGUACAAAAUUAACAUAAUUAUGUUGUAUAAAGUCAUUCUAUCUUUUUCUGUUAUCUUACAAUGUCAUUUCACAUUAAAUCUUAACUUCAGCCAGACUUGACUUUCACUGGUGAUCACUCAAGGAUGUGACCCAUGUCAGGAGCACACGGGAGGAAAUUCAUUUGUCAAGUUGCCUUUAAUCACCGUGGCAUGGCAGCAACAGAAUUCCCAAAGUAAUAGAAGAGUUUGUAUGACUACAUGCACAGUACAUAAUUCUAUCUGUACUUUAUUUGGAAGUAUUUUAGUAACUAUAGAUCAGUAAUGUGCUGAACCAUGACUACAGAAGUUAAUACCAAUCCUAGUACAGUAUUUGAAGAAAUUAGAACACAAAGUAGCAACUUCGCCUAUUGUACCAAACAAAAUUGGCAGCAGUCAACAAAAUACUUAGCUGAACACAUUUGAGGAAGAAAUGCUUGGCUAACAAGUCUUUGAAGAAGACAGUGAAAUGAAAAUGUAAAGUUAUGAAGUGAUUUAGUGAAUACUGUACUCACAAACUGUGCGCUGGAUCUACAAUUCAGUUGAGCUGUUGACUAACUCCAACCCUCCCUCAGUGUGAUUAGUAACUACCACAACUCACUGAAGUUGACUUAUUGAAGUGUGAAGUGCACUGCCACACUGAUGAAUUCACUUAGCAACCAUACAAGAAGAAACUAUACCGUCACAGUUGCUAAGGUUUCCAAAAGUGAGCGGAGCUUAGUCAAUAGGUCAGUUCUUUAACCGUCUUGGUACUGUACCGGAGAAGAACAUCGGUGAAUAGUGAAGCAGUGUACUGCAUCAUCACUUCUUAUACUGUACAGUAUAGUGCAUUUAUUAUUAUAUGUGGUGAAGUAUUACAUAAGCUUAAGUCAAUAGUGAUAUGAAAAUUAUAUAACUUAAGUAGGACAGUCUUUGGUAUUUCUUGUGAAUAUAUAGUGUCUUAUUAGUGUUAUUCCCAGACCCGGAGAACUUAAUGACACAUCACUUCAUGAGCCGACUACAUGUAUAUGUAAACGUGACGCUCAUAUUGUACUGUAAAAAUAAGUAUUAUAUAACAAAGUUGAUAUAUAAAACUGUUGUACUGUACAUCUAGCCUUGUUCAACUAUAUGCAUGUGAGGAUUAUCACUGAUUACUUACCUGUUCAGUUAUACCACAUGUCAGGUACUGGUGUAUCAUCAUUUGUCAUUAGUUAUACCACAAGCAAGGUAGAUCAUAAUUUAUUUUCACUUAUACUACGUGUGAGGUAUAUCAUCAUCAUCAUCAUCAGUUGUAUUCCAUGUCCGUUACAUCAUUCAUCACCAGUUAUACUACAUGUGAGUUAUAUCAUAUCAUCAUCUUGUUAUACUACGUUAGGUAUACCAUCAUUUGUCAUCUAACCAUUUUAAUUUCAUAUAAAUCUAGUCACCAAUAUAUCAGUAUGAAAUAAGCACAAAUGCCUGACUUACGUAUAGUUCAGUACGCUUCGGUCUUCAAUUUCCACGCUGAACUUUGCCAAAAGAGUAUCUACCGUGCUCUUCUGUUUGCUAUAAAGAGCAUGUGCGCGUGUGUGUGCACAUAUCACGGGUCACAGGCAAAAUAGGCCUCAGUUUUAAUAAGCACCAACCUGUCAAAACUAUUAUAAAUUGAAAUUCGUAUGAUUGAAGUUUAUUCUGACUUGACUCGAAUCCUAAGAGUCAGGUAUUGGGAUAUAUUACCUCAUUAGGACUGGGGCCCCUUUGACUAGUUACCGGAGUCAUAUAAUGAAGGUGUUAGUGUAUUAUAUCAAAUGUAGUAACAUUUAUAAAUAAGGUAAUUAUCAUGUUAGAAAAACUUCUCGUUAAAAGGAAGUUGUUUAAUUUUUGACAGAAUAAUCCCUCCUUUGCACAUUCCUUCAGUCUUGCUAACUAUUGUAAAUAUAUUUACUGCAAUUGGUUCGAAGUUAAAAUAUACAUUUAUUGCAAGAGA